AUGUUCCGGGUUGCUGCUGUCGCCCUUGCUGUCGCCCUCGCGCCCUUCGUUGGCGCUGCCGUGCCAGAGUGGGGACAGUGUGGUGGACAGUCGUGGACUGGAGACACGACUUGUGUGUCUGGGACUGUGUGCACCGUGAUGAACCCUUUCUACUCGCAAUGUAUUCCGGGCACAGCGACUACGACUACCACCAGUGUAGCGACCACUACGACUACGGCCGGGACUACGACUACGACCGCGCCGACAACAACGGCUGCCCCUCCCAGCGCGACUGGCUUCGUCAAGGUGUCCGGACAAAAGUUCACUCUGAAUGGCAAGACAUAUCCACUCGUCGGGACGAACUCUUACUGGGUUGGCCUCAUGGGCUAUAGUACCACCGACAUGAACAAGGCAUUCGCCGACAUGGCGGGUGCUGGGGCGACUACGGUCAGGACAUGGGGCUUCAACGAUGUCACGAGCGCGAAUGGGAUUUACUACCAGCUGUGGUCGAACGGGAAAGCGACAGUGAACACUGGCUCCACCGGACUGGAGAACUUUGAUGCCGUUAUCGCCGCCGCGAAGGCGAACGGUAUCCGCCUGAUCGUGGCACUGACCAACAACUGGAGUGACUACGGCGGGAUGGAUGUCUAUGUUUCACAGAUUGCUGGUAGCGCGAACCACGACCUCUUCUACACGAACUCGGCCAUCCAGACGGCAUUCAAGUCGUACGUCCAGACUUUCGUCACACGCUACAAGGACGAGCCCACGAUCCUCGCGUGGGAGCUGGCCAAUGAGCCAAGGUGCAAAGGCAGCACGGGUACUACAUCCGGCACGUGCACGACCGCCACCAUUACGCAGUGGGCGACCACCAUGUCAGCGUUCAUCAAAUCCAUCGACUCGAACCACCUCGUCGGAAUAGGAGAUGAGGGCUUCUUCAACCAGCCCAGCAACCCGAGUUACCCUUACCAGGGAUCCGAGGGCAUCGACUUCGAUGCCAACAUCAAGAUCAGCUCUAUCGACUUCGGAACUGCGCAUCUUUACCCGGUGGGCUGGGGUCAGACGAGCGAUCCGACCGGGUGGGGCUCUCAAUGGAUCAAGGACCACCAAACCUCGGGGGCGGCGGUCAACAAGCCAGUAAUUCUCGAAGAGUUCGGCGUGACGAGCAACCAGGCGUCUACGUACACGGCAUGGUACAACACCAUCAUCAGCUCCAACCUCGCCGGCGACCUCAUCUGGCAAGCGGGCUCGCAUCUCACGUACACAAGCACGCCAAACGAUGGCUACGCUGUCUAUCCCGACGGAGAUGUCUACCCAAUCCAAGCUGCCCACGCCGCUGCGCUGAAGGCCAGAGGGUAA